UGUAUUUGGGAUGUUACAAUUUUAAAUUCAUAAUACUAGCAUUAUUGAUUGUGGUGAGUGUCCAGAAACGAUGGGUGUGAUACAAGGAAUUGUCAUGAGUGCGAUAGCAGCUCCACUGUAUGGACUAGGAGCUGAAGCCGUUUCCAGCUUAGCAGUUUUUCUACCUACCCUAGUAGCAGCUUUAGCUUACUUUCAGUACGAACAGCUCGAUCCUGAAAGCAGACCCAUCGAUGUACCGACAGAGGAAUUGCUAGAUACGUAUGAUUUCAUAGUGGUUGGAGCAGGAUCUGCAGGUGCAGUGGUAGCCAACAGACUGAGCGAGAUAGACAGAUGGAAAGUUCUACUAUUGGAAGCUGGUGGAGAUGAAACCGAGAUAUCAGACGUACCACUAAUGGCUGGAUACUUGCAGUUGUCUGCAUUGGACUGGAAGUACAAAAGUGAACCUCAAGGACAAGCUUGUUUAGCUAUGAAUAAUGGACGGUGUAACUGGCCUCGAGGAAAAGUAAUUGGUGGUUCUUCAGUACUAAACUACAUGUUGUAUCUACGGGGAAACAAAAAAGACUACGACAUCUGGGAAUCUAUGGGUAAUCCCGGUUGGAGCCACUCCGACGCUUUGUACUAUUUUAAGAAAUCCGAAGACAAUCAAAAUCCCUAUUUGGCUAAAACUCCCUAUCACGCCACUGGAGGGUACCUUACAGUUUCAGAGCCCCCGUAUCGUACUCCUUUAGUAGCGGCUUUUGUUGAAGGUGGAAAACAGCUGGGGUAUGAAAAUAGGGAUAUCAAUGGGGAGUUUCAGACAGGAUUUAUGAUGGCACAAGGUACUGUAAGAAGAGGUUCGAGAUGUUCCACGGGAAAAGCCUUCUUGAGACCUGUAAGACUAAGACCUAACUUACACGUAGCUAUGGGAUCCCAUGUCACGCGAGUUCUGAUAGAUCCAAAAACAAAAAUCAGUUACGGAGUGGAGUUUUAUAGGGAUAAUAAACUGUACAGAAUACGAGUGAAUAAAGAGGUUAUACUGUCUGCCGGAGCAGUCAAUUCUCCACAUUUAUUGAUGUUGUCUGGAGUAGGACCGAAAAGCGAAUUGGACAAAUUCAAAAUUCCUGUUAUACAAGAUCUAAAGGUGGGCCACAAUUUGCAAGACCACAUUGGUCUUGGAGGAUUAACGUUUUUGAUUAAUAAACCGGAGUCUAUUACGUUGGAUCGCGUUUAUGCUGUAGGUCCGGUCAUGCAGUAUGCCAUCUUUGGAGGAGGACCUUUAACUAUCAUGGGCGGAGUAGAAGGUCUGGCAUUCGUGAAUACCAAAUACGCCAACGCUUCAGAGGAUUUUCCAGACAUCGAAUUCCAUUUUUGUUCCGGAGGUAGCCACUCUGAUAAAGGAGCUCAAAUAAAAAAGGCUCAUGGUUUGUCAGACGCUUUUUAUGAUCGAGUAUUCAAGCCUAUUCAUGACAAAGAUUCUUGGUCCGUUAUACCUAUGUUGUUGCGGCCAAAAAGUAAAGGUUUUAUUAAGAUUCGCAGCCAAAAUCCAUUCGACGCACCUUUGAUAUACCCGAACUAUUUUAUGGAAGACGAUGAUAUGAAGACUUUAGUAGAAGGGGUGAAAAUAGCUGUAGCUCUUAGUCGGACUCCUGCGUUUCAGUCAUACGAAAGUCGAUUAGUUGAGUUCCCAGACUGCGCUCAUAUUGCCAAAUAUUCUGAUAAAUAUUGGGAGUGUAUGAUAAGAUUGUAUUCCGUUACGAUAUAUCAUCCUGUUGGAACUUGUAAAAUGGGUCCAUACUGGGACCAAGAAGCAGUAGUCGAUCCCCAACUUAGAGUAUAUGGAGUUAAAGGUCUUAGAGUCAUCGACGCUUCCAUUAUGCCGACUAUGGUUAGCGGUAACACGAAUGCUCCAGUUAUUAUGAUCGGAGAGAAAGGAUCUGAUCUGAUUAAAGAGUUCUGGAUGAAGAUGGCGAAAUACGGAAGGAAUUUAUAUGGGAAAAAAACAAAAAUGUCGAGCAUAACACAGAUGAAUUUGUUUUCUAUGACUAGAAUGGCUCUCACCCUUGGUCCAGGUUUAGGUUUUAUUCUGUAUCUUCAUAGUCUUACCAUCAACUUAAGACCGGACAUUUUGGAUACAGAGCAUAGAGUCAGGGAUGUUCCUUUGUUUCAAAUAAAAGAAACUUAUGAUUUUGUGAUAGUCGGUGGAGGAAGUGCUGGGACAGUUUUAGCGAACAGAUUAAGUGAAAACCCGAACUGGAACAUUCUCCUUCUUGAAGCUGGUCCUGACGAGGUAAGCAUUACAGACAUGCCUCUAAUGUUCCCGGUUCUACAGCUAUCACCACUCGACUGGGCAUAUAGGACAGAACCAGGAACCAAAUAUUGCUUGGGAUUUACAGAAGAAAGAUGUAAUUGGCCGAGAGGGAGAGUUCUGGGUGGGAGUUCUGUAUUAAAUGCCAUGAUGUACGUACGAGGAAAUAGAAAAGAUUAUGACAGGUAUAGAGAUCUAGGCAAUCCAGGUUGGGGUUAUGAUGAUGUUUUACCCUAUUUCAAAAAAUCCGAAGACAUGCGAAUUCCAGAACUAAGGGAUGACAAAUAUCAUGGAAAAGAUGGAUAUCUAACAGUAGAAUACUACAGGUACCACUCCAAACUCGUAGACUGGUUUUUUGAAGCUGUUCGAGAAAUGGGCUAUCAAAUUCGAGACGUGAAUGGUGAACACCAGACAGGAUUUACGCUGACACACGGUACUUUGAGAAAUGGCUUAAGAUGUAGUACUGCCAAAGGAUUUAUCAGACCUAUUGCCAAAAGACCAAACCUUCAUGUCAGCCUUCAUUCAAUGGUUCACAAGGUUUUAAUAAAAGAAGAAACAAAACAAGCUUAUGGAGUAGAGUUCGUCAAAUUUGGCACGAGGCGUGUAGUCCACGCUGAUAGAGAAGUUAUAUUAAGCGCAGGCUCUCUUGGGUCUCCUCAGAUGUUGAUGCUGGGUGGAAUCGGACCAGAAGAACAUUUAAAUGAUAUGGGUAUCAAAGUUAUCAAAAAUUCGCCUGGAGUUGGUCGAAAUUUGCAGGACCACAUCUCUGUAGGUGGAGUUACUUAUCUUUUUGAUAGACCAAAAGAAUUUGCAAACACACCGAUGAGUUUUCAUCUUCAAACGAUCUUUUCAACAGAAACUGUCAACGAGUUUGCAACAGAGGAGCAAGGGCCGAUGUAUUGGUUACCAGUAUGUGAGGUGAUGGGUUUCAUCAACACAAAAUACCAAGAUAAAAAAGAAGACUGGCCUGACAUACAAUUUUUCUUUGGAUCUUUCGCAGAUAGCUCGGAUGGUGGUUUGUUCGGAAGAAGAGCCGUUGGUAUGAAGCAAGAUGUAUUUACUGCCCUUUAUGAAGACAUAAUAUACAAAGAAGCUUUUAGCAUAUAUAUUUUACUUAUGAGACCGAAAAGUAGGGGAAGGAUUAUGUUGAGAGAUAAAGAUCCUGAAUCACACGUUCUGAUUUAUCCGAACUAUUUUGAAGAUCCUCACGAUCUUAAAGUUAUAGUAGAAGGAGCUAAAAUUGCACACAAAAUAACACAAUCGAGAGCUUUGCAAAAACUAAACGCCACAUUCAAUCCUCACAAGAUCCCUGGAUGUAAAGAUUUCGAAUUUUUGUCAGAUGAAUACUGGGCUUGCCAGGCUCAACAACUUACUUUAACCAUAUACCAUCCCACAGGAACUGUAAAGAUGGGACCAGACGAAGAUCCUAUGGCUGUUGUGGAUUCCAGAUUAAAAGUUAAAGGUAUAUCGAAUUUAAGAGUGGUAGAUUGUUCCAUAUUUCCCUACAUUCCAAGUGGUAAUACAAAUGCUCCAACGAUAAUGGUGGCUGAGAAAGCAGCAGAUAUGAUUAAAGAAGACUGGGGAUUUUCAGAUAGCGAAGAUUCGGAAGAGGGCUUUGUAGUUGUAGAAAAUACUCUUGAUGGUGAGAGAAGUAGGUCUGCAGGAAAAAAGCCAGCUAAAACGAAGUUGGAACCUGUUCUACAAAAAACUCCUGCCAUCAAAGACGCUGACUAUUGGUGAUGCCCAUAUUCUGUUUUGAAACAACUUUUAAAUAAAUUUUAUAACAACUUUGACUAUGUAGAAUACGUCUGGCGCCAGAUCGGUCUAUGGUGGAGCAGUAUGGCAAGAGAUAAGGAAUUUCUGCUUGUAUGAUACUUCACCAUAGAUCCCUAUUGGUAGUCUAGGUGCCAGAGGGGCCACCGUGUCCUUUUCAAUUCUGAUGGACAAACUC